CACUGACUUGUUCUUCUUCUUCCCUCUCAUACACUCAAUCUGGGAAUAGGUUUGUGCUAUCUGCUUCGUUUGUCUCUUGGAAACCACACAAAAGAGCCUUCCUUCCUUCACUAAUGGGUUUCACUUCUGUUUAUCGAUCUCUUACUGAGAUAUUUCCUCAGAUAGAUGCAAGAAUGUUGAGAGCUGUUGCAAUUGAACAUCCCAAGGAUGCUGAUGAGGCUGCUUCUGUGGUUCUCUCUCACAUUCUUCCUUCCUUGCCCUCCCAAUACCAUUCCACUCCAUCCCCAAGUGUUUCACAACGUGAAGUAGAACGUGAUUUGGAAGAUGUUGUUUCUAGCCGCCAUGGUCUGCUUGUAGCUUCUGCUUCCAAGUCCAGCACCUCUUCUUCUUCUUCUUCAGAAACUAUUCCCUUGGUUACCAGUUAUUCAAGUACUAAAACGGUCUCUAAUGGGAACGAGCUCACAAAUGUUGGUCCUGGUGUUUGCCCCAAAGAUGUUGAAAGUGAGCAAGUCCAAUCUCUAGGAAAGGCUCCUGGAAAAGAAUACGGAGACUAUGAUUUCUUUGGCAAGUGUUUUGAUGUUCCGAGCCUUCCACCGAAAAUUGACCUGUUUCACGUUCCAGAGGAUGAUCUUGUCUCAGUGGUCCCUUCUGUCCCACAAGAAAACCUCAAAUCAACUAGAGAUUUUUGGCAAGAGCUGAUGACAUGGAAUCAAGAAGGUUCAAUUAAAAGCGUUGGUUCACUAAAUGCUGAACAUAAGCCGGUCAAUAUAACUCCUGUAGAGAAUAUGACGGACAUACAGCAGGUAUCUUGUUUUGAAGUUGCGACUGGGAGUACAAAUGACCAGCCGUUAAAGGGUUUAUUGGCCAGUGAAAACAGUGAUUCUGAAUCAAAUGGUUCAUUGGCCAGUGUUAAUGGAGAUAAUGAAUCAAAGGGUUCAUUGGCCAGUGUAAAUGGAGACAAUGAAUCAAAGGGUUCGUUGGCCAGUGUAAAUGGAGAUACUGAAGUAGAUAGUGCUUUUAGCUCACCAACUCAUGGAUGCUGUGUUGAUCACCUUGAAGAGAUUAUCGAAGACGCCAAAACUAACAAGAAAACCUUUCUCGCUGUGAUGGACUCGGUUACAAAUCUGAUGAAAGAAGUUGAACUUGAAGAGAAGGAAGCGGAGAAGUCAGAGUCAGAAGCUGCUAGGGGAGGUUUGGAUACUCUUGAAAAGGUUGAAGAGUUCAAGAAGAUACUGAGACAUGCCAAGGAAGCGAAUGACAUGCAUGCUGGAGAAGUAUAUGGAGAGAAAUCAAUUUUGGCAACUGAAGCAAAAGAGCUUGAAAACCGAUUGCUCAACUUAUCAGAAGAACGAAACAAAUCUCUUCAUGUCCUUGAUGAGAUGCGUGAAACUCUUGAGAUAAGACUAGCGGCAGCAUUGGAGAUGAAAAAGGCUGCUGAGCAAGAAAAGAAAGAAAAAGAAGUCUCAGCACUGAAGGCACUUGCUGAACAAGAGGCCAUCAUGGAGAAAGUAGCCCAAGAAUCAAAGCUUCUUCAGCAAGAGGCAGAGCAAAACUCCAAGCUUCGAGAGUUUCUUAUGGAUCGUGGUCAGGUCGUUGAUUCCUUACAAGGAGAAAUUUCUAUCAUAUGUCAAGAUGUGAAGCUGUUGAAAGAAAAAUUUGACAACAGAGUGUCAAUAACAAAAUCAGCCACCUCAAGCCUAACUAUUUCAUGCGGAUCAUCUAUGAGGAGCUUGGUGCUUGAGACUCCAACUGAGCCGUUGAAUGGAAUGCUUGAAACCUCAAGCAACAACAAGUGCUUAAAAGAAGAAGAAGCAUCUUCCUCCAUGAACAAAGAGAAAAAUGAUCUUAGAGAGCUUCUUGAAGAUGGUUGGGACAUCUUUGACGAGGAGAUUGAACUUUAAGGUGGGAUUGGUGGCUUGGUGUUGAAGCAAUGUACAUAUAGGGUUGGUAUUGAAACAUAAAACGCUAUAACCUAAAGAAUAAAAUGGAUUUGCGACCAUGUUUGGAUCAGGGAUUGUAUGAGCUAUGGCUUCUGUCUGUGUAUUUUGAAACCCAACAAAACAGAUCACUUAUGAGCUAUUGUAUAUAAUACUAUAUAUAGUUUUUUU